AUGCAGCUUUCCUGGGCUGUGGCGUUUAUGGGAUGUUUGGCCGCCGCGCAGCACAGGUGUGUUGCGGAUGACACUUGUGAAGGCUCAGACAGCACUUUCUUCCAGCACAAGUUUCGACGUGUUGCGACAGAAGAUGCGCAUAAAACAAUGCUUCAAGUGAUCGAAGACGAAUUUGCAAGUUUGGACGGUGCUUCUGGGACGUUGGCGGGCGCAACUGCUUCGCAAGAAGAGUUCAAGCAGGCUCCAGCCGUGAUGCGCUCUUGGGAAGCUUGCGCAAAGGCCGACUACUCCUCCUUCAGCGGUCUGGAUGACCCAAAGAUCAAGCAGCUGCAGCGCGAUGUGGGGCUGAACGAACUUUGUGGAGCGGGGGCCGACGCAUGCAGUGCUUUCAAUGCCGGCCUCAAGGCAAUGUUCCGCAUCCGCAACGAAGUUCCGGCUUCGGCCCGAUUUCAGAACUUCACCCUGGUCAACUGGUACGAGAAUGAGAACGGUUUUCCUUCCUGGGGCUCCGACCCCAACGGCAAGAGGGUUUCCGUGGACACUGACGUCAUGCCGCCCGUGGGAGCCGUGCACGAUCCGCACGCAGCUGACGGCUAUGCAUUCUGUGAGAUCACAUACACAGUCUUGAGGCAGACGGCUUCUCAGUUCUACAACAGUUGCGGUCCUACCUCUGUGUUGGCUGCGCUCCUCGUGCGCUCACCUGUUUUGUCCUUCAAGAAGGCUUUGCAGCUUUAUUACACAGGCUCUUUGCCUGAGAUGCACAGCUCACCGUGCCCUUACAUCUUUACCCAGCAGCCCGGGCUUGUGCCUUUUGAGGAAGACCAACCAGGUGCAAAUGGACUCCAGGGAGGCGAUUUGUUUUGGUGUCCUGAUAGCGAUCUUAACUCACACCAGGUAUCCAAAACGAGGCCGCAAUGUCAGUCAAUUGGCCUUCAGCGCAUGUGGGUGGUUGGAAUGCUGGCGGCAUAUGAGCAUAAGGUUCAAGUGGAGCGCACCGGUGGCGACAAGUGCACGGAAUGGAUGACAUCGACGUAUCCAGGAGAAAGUCCGCAAGUUGCCUUGACGAGGAACCACGCCUUCCGCACUGCCCCGUCGGCCGUGGUGUGGGUGUGCGGGCAGGUUGUGGGAGGCCAGGAAGAUGCCUGCUAUUAUGCUUCGAACUUUGUGGAAGAUUGUGCUCCGCACUUCGGCAGCAGCGUGUGCACUCAGCUCUUGAAGUUCCAAUGGUCGCAGACAGAUCUGGUCGAUGUCCAGACAAACAUCGAGACAAUGGGUCCAGGUGCCUUCACGGAAGCCGAUGCUACCAACUUGGCUUCCAGGCCGACACUGAAACCCAUCUUCAAGCUGGUGCCAGGAACAAGCCCAUUGCAAUUCCUCAACACCGUGGCCCCGGUGGUAUUCCAGCUUAUGAUGACAGUAUCGCAAUCGCAAGAGGGAAAAGCGAAGAUGUGGCAGAAACUCUGCGCGAGCCGAGCCGCAAUGCUCAACAUGUUUUCUGGUGCGCUGUACGGGAACGCACAGCCGAAUUGCGUCCAUUGGAUCUUCCUGGUCUCCUGCAAGGAUGAUGGCUAUCUGGUGUGGAGCAACGGCUACCGCACGACCAUCGCCAAAGAUGUGUUGGAGGCAUCCACGUGCGGCGGGGUGGUGCUGCCAUAG